AUGCGCAUGCACACAGGUACAUGUACAUACACAGAAAUACACACACACAGACAUAUGUACAUACACCCACACGUAUAUGCGCGCACACACAUGUACAUGCACGCAGACACACAAACGUGCACACACCUUCCACCACAGCCCUAUAAAAAGUUGCAGUACUUUGUUGUUCACUCACAGAUCCGGGUACUGCACUCUAGGGGGAGGCAGGGAGCACACAGCACACACUCCUUCCUUUGCUUUCCCUGCGCUCAGCUAUUGAGCAGUCUGACAGCUCCCAAUGCCAAUGACAGAUCCGGCCUGAGCUCCGAGCCUGCUCAGCAAGACAGCCCUGGGGGACACACUCGCCCCCACCAUAAUUUCUGCUCGCCAUUGGCGAGCAGGCGAGUGGAAAUUGCAAGGCCUGGAUUAAAGCAUACCUGU